GAAAGGCUUUUGGAGACCUUGUGAGGGAUCUGGACAUGGAGAAGUUAUUACACACCAAGCUGACGUUGAGGGAUGCUCUGUGCAUUGGACCACAGGCUCUAAAAGACUGCAAGCCUCAAAAGAAGGAGGAAAUAGGCUGGAGUGUCCUGAGGAAGAUCAUGUCUCUCAACAUUACUGCGAGAAACACUUUGGUUGAUGUCUCUCGUUCUGAAUCAGAGGCCUUUGCAGAAAAUGAUCUUAUUGCCACCUUAAACAUCCCAGAGGCAGUAAAGACUCCUUCUAUCCACCCACUCGAUGUUAUCUGUGUUCUUCUUCAUUGCUCAGACAGGUUUCUACAACAAGAGAUUAUAACAAAGAUGUCCAUGUGUCAGUUUGCUGUUCCUCUGCUGCUGCCCCCUGGUGAUGGUCCUAAUGGCACCCUCAUGCUUUGGGCAUUAAAAGACAUUGUGAAGAAAUGGAGACCUGAGAUAUUAACAGACAGUAAAGGGUUCAGAGAAGACAACAUUGUGAAUAUUGACAUGCCAAUCUUUUCAUUUGUCAGACUUGGGAAAAACAAGUUAUCCAAAUCCAAAACCCUUAACCACAUUCUGAAUCCAGAACAACAACAUCACGAUUUCUUUAUACAUGACAACAUGGAGGGAGGGAAUAUGGAGAGGAAGAUAUCUGAAGGGCUGGUGGAAAUGUCCUGGUACUUUCCUUCUGGUAAAUCUGAUAUCUAUCCUGAACCCAUUGCAGUAACCAAUCUACGUGGAGACCUGGAGUCAAACUGGGAAUCCUUCUUGUUCUUGACUCACGUCUCCUCAGUUGUGUUCAUCUUUAUUGAAAAUAUCUGUGAACGAGAAAUCCAAAGGCUAUCAUCUUGUAUGGACUUGAAAACUAAGUUUGUCUUCAUUCUUACACCAGGCCCCAACAAACAUGUUAUCAGAGAGACGGUCAUAUUUCUACAGGAUCUUUUACCUUUUCUAAACUGUGAUGCCACAUGUGUUCUUGUGAAGAAUGAAAAUGAGAAUGAAGCUUCCAUGACCAAAAAAAUUCAAAGAAAGAUUGAACAGAUUUUAAAAAGUCAUCAUGAAACGGUUAAAUUGAGGGACAUUUCCAAAGGGAUCUCAGAACUUUCUUUGGUUACAGAUGAAGAUUCAUCAGAAUGUCAGAAAGCAAGUGGGUUUGCUCACAAGAUCAUCAAAGAAAUCCAAGACAUAGCUGAUUACAAGAAGAAGACCAUGAAAUUACAGAGAGAACUUUGGAAGGAAUUGUCUAAGUUAGAGAAAGAAUGCUGCAGAAUGAAGAAACAAGGAGACAAAGAUCCACAAAAAUAUCAGUCUGAACUGUUACAAAGACACAAUGCACUUCAUAAAGAGCAGUAUCAGCAGCAAACACCAAGUGGUAUAAAACUGUUUACUGAAGCCAUGACUGAUAGGUCACAGGUAGAAAAACACUAUUUCCUUAAGUGGAUGAAACUGAGGCUCGAUACAAAUGCUCGAGGCAAUCUGUCUACUCUACAGGCCAAAUACAAGGAGAAAAUAGCCACUAAAUCAUAUAGUCCAGAAGAGCUCAAGGAACUGGAUCAAAAGAUGUCUGAUAGCUCGCUUGGGAUUGAGCACUUCUUGCGGGAGCUGGGGCAGUUCUAUGAAGCUGAAUGUUCAGUGGUAAAACAAAAUGUAAUUAACCAGGACCAGAAGAAAUAUUAUAAUCUACCAGAAAUCGCUGCAGACCUGCUUCUGGAUGGCUUCCCAUUGGAGCUGAUUGAUGGAGAUGCCUCCAAUAUUCCUUUACAGUGGAUAACUGAUGUCCUAAAUGAGCUGGAUAAGAAGACUGGAGGACAAUGCAGGAUGAAAGUGAUAACUGUGCUGGGGGUGCAGAGUACAGGGAAGUCCACCCUUCUCAACACCAUGUUUGGUCUUCAGUUUCCCGUAGCCAGUGGACGCUGCACACGAGGGGCCUUCAUGACCCUUAUUAAGCUGGAAGAAGGUUUCCAGAAAGAGAUGGACUGUAAUUUUAUUCUAGUGGUUGACACUGAAGGAUUAAAAGCUCCUGAAUUGGCUUCUCUGGAGGGCAGCUAUGAACAUGACAAUGAAUUAGCCACAUUAGUGGUUGGGUUGAGUGACAUCACCAUAGUCAACAUGUCCAUGGAAAAUACAUCAGAAAUGAAAGAUAUUUUACAGAUAGUGGUCCAUGCAUUUCUAAGGAUGAAAGAACUUGGCAAGAAGCCGAGCUGUCAGUUUGUCCAUCAGAAUGUGAGUGAUGUGUCUGCCUUUGAGAAGAAUAUGAGAGACAGGAAGAAACUUCUGGACCAAUUGAAUGAAAUGACAAAUAUUGCAGCAAAAAUGGAGAUGAGAGAUGGCAUCAAAAAUUUCAAUGAUGUGAUGGACUACGAUAUUGAAAAACACAACUGGUACAUUCCUGGGCUAUGGCAGGGGGACCCGCCAAUGGCUCCAGUAAAUCUUGGCUACAGUGCAAGUGUCUUUGAACUGAAGAAAUAUUUGUUUGAAUCUAUGAAAACCCUUAAAUCUCAUCAAAAAGCAUCUAACAUCCCUAAUUUUAUUACCUGGAUAGAAAGCUUGUGGAAAGCUGUGAAACAUGAGAAAUUCAUUUACAGUUUCAGAAACAGUCUGGUGGCCAAAGCUUACAAUAAAUUAACCACGGAGUACAUAAACUGGGAAUGGGAAUUUUUAAAAAGAAUCCAUGACUGGUCGAUCAGAAUGGAAAAUCUUAUUAAAAAUCAAUCUACAGAAGUAUCUGAAAAGAACAAGAGUGAGCUCCAGGAUAUUCUACUGGAGGAAGAAAAUAAAAUGAUGGCAGCAUUAGAAAAGUAUUUUGAUAAUUCUGGAGAUGCUAAUCUCAUGGAAAGGUACAGAGAAGAGUUCCAAAGAGAUAUAAAAAACCUGCGAAAGGAACAUGGAAGCAUUGCUCUUAACAAAUAUGAUGAAGCGGUUUUCAUUCAGAAAGGAAAGUUGGAAAUUCAGAAUAUUCAGAAUCAAAGUCAGAAGCUUAUUGAAGAGAAAAUAACACAACUCCUGCAAAUCUGUAGAGAGAAAAACCAUGCACUGAGUGACGAAGAAAUCAAACAAGAGUUUGAAGUUAUGUGGACAAAGACCUUGUCAGCUUUACAGCUUAAGCCAUUGAUUAGGCGUGAAGUUGAACAAGUCCUCCUACAACAACUGAAGAAUGACAUGAGCAAUAAAGGCCCUCACAUCAAUGAAAUAUUAAUCAAAAUGAAAAACCUGCUGAAAUAUCAGAAGAUAAAUUUUACAAUAGAUAAAAGCUACAUUGAUCUCUCAUUUUCUCAAAAGGUUUUGUCAGUUUUUAUCCGUGGUGAGCUAUAUGACAAGAUUGGUAGUUUUGCAGCUUCAAUGACUAAGAGGUGUGAAGAAUAUAUCAAAGAAAAGGUCAAUACAUCUGAAAAUUAUGCUGAUGUGUAUUGUAAGGAGUUAUUGCACAUGAUCAAUGAAAAAUUGCAGAGUAAGCAUGUGAAGAACCUUCACUACACAACCCAGUUUGAGUUGGACAUUAAGCUCUUCAUUUUUGGAAAAGCUGCCAAAGAGUUUCAGGAUUUGCAUGAUAAGUUCAUUGAAGAGAACGACCCAAAGCUCUGCCUGGAUAAGCUAAAACCUCAAUAUGUUUCCACAUUUUUAAGUAUAUUAGAAAAAAAAGAUGAAUGCCGGAGCAGGGCGGAAAGGUUCUGUGAUCUCUGCCUCCGACCAGCGUUAACCGAAUAUAUUUUCAAACAUCUUGGUGAAAAAAUAGUAGAUGAUGUUAUGACUGAUUCAGACAAUUUAACCUUUAGUAGCAGAAGUUUCUUCCAAUGCACAGUCUUGGAGAAGCUACUACAAGAAAAUUCAUUUAAAGAAUAUGUUGAAUAUACUAACUCAUACGAAACAUUUUCCAAAUCAUGGAUCUUGAGUUACAUCAUCGACAAAUACCGGAAUCCAUUACGUUUGCAGACUCUGGAAAAAAAUCUUCUCUCAUUUAUUGAUAAAAACAUCAAAGAUGUCCUAAAGGAUGACCGUUGUCUGAGGUCAAACACUGUUCCAGGUUUUUUAAAACAAUUUGUCGAACUGCUGAAAACAGAAUUGGUUAUUCCACAGAAAGAGCUGAAUGUGAUCACUUUCCAUAACACAUUGAAAGUUGGGCAGUUUUCUUCUCAUGUUGAACAGUUCCUCGUGGACACCAAAACGCAAAUCUUAUCAGAGCUGAGGUCCAUGACUAUUAAUUCUGUGCUUUCCAAGUUGACAUUGAAGCCUCAGGAUGAGUUGUUCAGGAAGGUGAUUGGAUGUGGACAUCAGUGUCCAUUCUGUAAAGUCCCCUGUGAGGCCGGAGGAGCUGACCAUAAGGAACACUUUGCAUCUAUUCACAGACCUAACGGUUUGGGAAUGUUCAGAUAUGAAGAAAACAAUUCUCUGGUGACAUAUAUUUGUAGCACGGCUGUUGUGUCUACAACGUGUUUCAAAAAUUCAGACACAGAUUGGAAAUCUCAUCCAUACAAAGAUUAUCGCACUUACUAUCCAAACUGGGCCAUCCAUCCCGACUCCAGCAUGGAGUCCUCAGAUUACUGGAAGUACAUUUUUGCUAAGUUUAAUGAAGAAUUUGCUGAAGAAUAUGAAGCCAAACCAGCUGACCUGCCUGAUGACUGGAGACAUAUUACACGAGAACAAGCUCUUUCCAGCUUAAAGAAAACCUUUAGUAUAAACUAA